AUGACCACCAGUAGCCACGCAUGUCACGUCCCAGCGGUGAACGGGCACAUGACUCACUAUCCAGCCGCACCCUACCCAUUACUCUUCCCACCGGUCAUUGGCGGACUUUCCUUGCCUCCCCCGCAUGGCCUCCACAGCCAUCCUCCGCCAAGUGGAUGUAGCACCCCAUCACCUGCAACGAUUGAAACACAGAGCACCAGCUCCGAGGAACUGGUCCCGAGCCCUCCGUCUCCACUUCCUCCCCCUCGGGUGUACAAGCCCUGCUUCGUCUGCCAGGACAAGUCAUCGGGGUACCACUAUGGGGUCAGCGCCUGCGAGGGGUGUAAGGGGUUUUUCCGCAGAAGCAUUCAGAAGAACAUGAUUUACACUUGUCACCGAGAUAAGAGCUGUGUUAUUAAUAAAGUCACCAGGAAUCGAUGCCAGUACUGUCGACUCCAGAAGUGCUUUGAAGUGGGGAUGUCCAAAGAAUCGGUCAGGAAUGACAGAAACAAGAAAAAGAAGGAGCCUUCGAAGCAGGAAUGCACGGAAAGCUACGAAAUGACGGCCGAGCUGGACGAUCUCACGGAGAAGAUCAGGAAAGCCCACCAGGAAACCUUCCCCUCGCUCUGCCAGCUGGGCAAGUACACCACGAAUUCCAGUGCCGACCAUCGAGUCCGACUGGAUCUGGGCCUCUGGGACAAAUUCAGUGAACUGGCUACCAAGUGCAUUAUUAAGAUCGUGGAGUUUGCUAAACGUCUGCCAGGUUUCACCGGCUUGACCAUCGCAGACCAAAUCACCCUGCUGAAGGCGGCCUGUUUGGACAUCCUGAUUCUGAGAAUCUGCACCAGGUAUACCCCAGAGCAAGACACCAUGACGUUUUCGGACGGCCUGACCCUGAAUCGAACCCAGAUGCACAACGCCGGGUUCGGCCCCCUGACCGACCUCGUGUUCACCUUCGCCAGCCAGCUUCUGCCUCUGGAGAUGGACGACACGGAGACAGGCCUUCUCAGCGCCAUCUGCUUGAUCUGUGGAGACCGUCAGGACCUUGAGGAACCAACAAAAGUAGAUAAGCUACAAGAACCAUUGCUGGAAGCACUAAAAAUUUAUAUCAGAAAGAGACGACCCAGCAAGCCUCACAUGUUUCCAAAGAUCCUCAUGAAAAUCACAGAUCUCCGCAGCAUCAGUGCUAAAGGUGCAGAACGUGUAAUUACCUUGAAAAUGGAAAUUCCCGGCUCGAUGCCCCCUCUCAUUCAGGAAAUGCUGGAGAAUUCUGAAGGACAUGAACCCUUGACCCCAAGCUCGAGUGGGAACACAGCAGAGCACAGUCCCAGCACCUCGCCCAGCUCCGUGGAGAACAGCGGUGUUGGUCAGUCACCACUGCUGCAAUAA